GUCGACGCCAUUUUGUUUCAAGUGAGAAACGCUGUUCAUCACGCUCUGUGCACAAAAAUCUGGUGAGUGUGUGCGGAUAGAAGGAGAUUUGUGAUAAUUCUUUCACCGUUGCAGUCUCACUGGCUGAAAACAUGUCAGACACUUCGACGGGAGAUGUGGGGUCUGUAGAGCCUGGCGUUCGUAAAAUAUCCGAGCUGAGAGUCAUCGAUUUGAAGGCCGAGCUGAAGCGCCGAAACCUCGACAUCAGCGGCAAUAAAAGCCUGCUUUCAGAGAGACUUAAAAAGGCAAUUGAAGAAGAGGGGGGAAAUCCAGAUGAGAUUGUUGUACAUCUUGACAUAACUCCUAAGAAAACACCACGUCGAACUCCAAAAGGAAAGAGACAAGAUGACCAUGAUGGACCUGAAGACUCCACACUUGAGGAGGACUCUGUUGAUGGCCAGGAGGACCCAGAUGCUGUGCCAGAGAACCUUCAUGAGAUGGAUAUCAUGGACAUGAAUGUUCUGGAUGAAGCCGAUAUGGGUAAUGGAGGUGACCCUGAUGAAGAUGAAUAUGAUGAGGAGGUUUUAGACACGUAUUCGAAUGAAGAGAACACAGGCGGCUUGAAGGAGGAUGCCUCAAAUAACUGCGACACGGAGGAUGGUGUAGAUAUUGUCAUGAGCAAACCUGAAGUGGAGGAGGCAGUGGAGAAAGAUGAUGCAGACAUGGAUGAGAACCAGGAAAUGGCUUGUCAGGAGGAUGUUGGUGAGCAUGGAAACAAGGAAGCAAAAAGUGAAGAAGAAAGUGAGAAAGUAGCCGGGUCUUGUAUAUCAGAGCCGCUUAAGGAUGACUCCACUGAAGAGCUGACUGAAGAAGAGAAAUCUUCAGUCUGGGAUUCACACCAAGAGGCAGACAAUGGGCACGACCUUGCCAACACCGACGAGGCUGCCAAUUUGGAUCCGGAGUCAUCAACCUGCAAACUGGACAUUGUUGCAUCAAAGGAAAGUGAAGUUGAAUUGACAAACAAAGACCAAGAAAACAUUCAGGACAGUUUGGUGGAUGCCGAGAACACUUCUGCUCAGGCCGAUAAUGCUAGCGAAACAGGUUUGCGCGAUAUCGAAAGCGCAGUUGAUUCGGAAAUGGCAUCUAAAGGAGAAGCGGUCGAGGAAUGCAAGAGCACUGAUCCUGCGGAGUCCUCAGAAGUGAAAGAGUCCUCUGUACAGGGUGAUGAUCAGAAAAAGAGUGAAGAGGAGGAUGCCUCAACCAAGCCGGAGUCGAAAGAUGACAAAGGUGGCGCCUCUAGUGGGAGGAACCUCUGGGUCAGCGGACUCUCGUCAACCACCAGAGCGACUGAUCUGAAGAAUCUUUUCAGCAAGUAUGGCAAGGUUGUUGGUGCAAAAGUAGUAACAAAUGCCCGAAGCCCAGGCGCUCGCUGCUAUGGGUUUGUUACAAUGUGCUCUAUUGAGGAGGCCACAAAGUGCAUUAGCCAUCUGCACAGAACCGAACUCCAUGGAAGGAUGAUUUCAGUUGAAAGGGCCAAGAAUGAGCCUGCUGGAAAGAAGCCUGCUGACAAAAAUGAUGCCAAAAAGUCUGUCAGUGAUAGAAGACUCUCCUCUGACUCGAAGACUGACAAAUCUGAGAACAAGGAUGAAAAGACUGAAGGUGAUGGAAAAGGUGGAGAGAGGACUGUUGUGAUGGACAAAUCGAAAGGAGAACCAGUCAUCAGCUUGAAAACAAAAAGCAAAGAACGGAGCUCUAAGAGUCGUGACCGUAAUUCGUUGAGUAAAGAAAGAAAGGACAUUUUGUCAUUUGAUCAAAUCAAAGAGCAAAGAGAGCGGGAGCGUCAAAGGCAAAGGGAACGAGAGAUUAGAGAAGUUGAGAGACGCAGAAACUCUGGUGAGCGAGACCGUGACAGAGACAGACGUUCUGAGCGUGAGCGCAUUCGACUUUUCCGAGAGAAGGAGGAGAGGCUGAUGAGGAAGCGCAAGAUGCUGGAGGUCGAGAAGCAGCGUCUGGAUGCUGACCGCAUGGAGCGGGAAUUCCUAGAGCGGGAGCGUCUCCGAGUAGAGUAUGAGCGGCGGCGCGAACAGGAGCGCAUUCAUCGUGAGAGGGAGGAGCUGAGGCGGCAACAGGAGCAGCUACGCUUUGAACAGGACAGACGUCCAGUCAAGAGGCCUUAUGACAUGGAUGGAAGAAAAGACGACUGGCCAUUGAAGAGGAUGAACAUGGAUGAUCGCUAUGGACGAUCUGAUUUUGGACGCCAAGACCGGUAUCAAGAUUUUGACCACAGAGACCGCAACCGCUAUCAGGAUGACAUGAUGAUGGAUAGAAGAGACAACCGAGGUGGCAUGCCUGGAGACAGAGACAACCAGCACUUUUCAGAUCGGGACAGACAUGGUCGUGACAACUGGGGUGGUGGCAGCUAUGACAAACGUGGAAUAAAUCCUGCAAGGCCAGGGCCAGGCGGUCGUGGGGACAGAGAUUGGGAGCCUGGACGCAAAAUGGAUGGGGACAGAAACUGGCAAGGAGGAGAGCGAGGUGUCCCGGGACAGGGUCACAUGGCUCGAGGAGGAAUGGCGGGCCGAGGUGGAUACAUGCAGGCAGGGGCAUCCCAGUCGAUUUCUGGACCCAUAAACCGACCCAAUCAGAUGAUGCAGGGUAGUGGAAUGCAAGGUGGUGGUGGUGCUGGUGCCGGUGGAGGAGCCUUUGGUCGACGAUAUUGAGAAACUCCAUCGUUUAUGUACCUGUUGUGUGGAAAGAAUCUUUGCAGCUUGUACAUUGCUAGUCGAGCUUUGUAUUUUUUUAAGUCCACUUUUCGUUUCAAGGUGUAAAGAACGGGAGAUUGUUUAAAUUAUGUAAAGUGUGAUUUUUAUUUCGAUAUGCUUUUUGUUCCUGCAUUCCACAUUUAGAUUUUAGUCUUACUGUUUGUACAUUUGGUGAAUGCUCAGGAAUGUUUUGCUAAAAUGCAAGCCGUCUUUGAAACCAUAAUUAAUUUGGCGUUCAAUUGUCCCUGAUCAUUCAAUAAAAUUGUUUUCUUUAAAAAA